ACUUGUAUUGAAUCUGGAAAAUUCCUUUACAAAGCAGUGUUAUUAAAAAAUUCCCAACGCAGAAAAAAAAGGCACCAUUCCGAUGUCAUUUGAUCGCUUUAGGCGAGAUCCCGCAGAGCUUGAUCCCUGCCACCAUCCCUUUCCGCUGCCACCCCCCCAUCCCAAAAUCAACACAUUCCCAAGACUCCACCUCUCUUUCACCCUCCUGGUCAAAUUCCAUUCACUGCUCUCACGACCACAAGCCCAAACUCAGGCAAGACGUCCCUGAGAACAUCAGAAGCUUUUACUUUGUUCUCGCUCAGCUAAACCUAAACAUGUCCUGGACGCAACCUGUUCUUCUCACCUGUCUCGUUGUUUUGUCUGCCAUCACCUUGUUCCAUGGAGCCGACAGCGCCGCUGUGUCAGAUAAGAGUGAUGCAAAGGCAGCCAAUCCUCAAGGUGACCAAAAACCCCACAAUGUUUCCAUAGAUCUUUCCGAGUUCUUCCAACUCAUCAAUGUUCUCUUCUUCACCAAAGGUGCACUGAGGAGUAUCUUCAUGCCAGAGGCAGAUGCCUCCAGCUUCUUCAAAAGGCGAAGCAGGAGGGCUGUGAAAACUCAGGAUGAGAUAAACGCUGAACAGAGACAGAGGCUGGCCGCAGAUGAGAGAAGGAGGGAGUAUCAUGAGGAACAGAGGAAUGAGUUUGAGAAUUACGCUGAGGAAGAGCAUGACGAGCAAGACGAGCAGACCAGAGUGAAGACAGAGCAGUGGAGAGAGUUUCACUACGACGGACUCGACCCAUCUUACGAAUACAACCGACACACGGUCUAAAACAGUGGAUAACUACUGGGUAAAUGGGUAGAGAGCUUACACUACUUUACAGCAUAUUUCUGUAAAGUCUUUUCUUAACAUGCACACACCAGCACAAAAGAACGUAGCCUUAUACGUGUAUUCAUGCAUGCAGGACGUAUGUAAUCAAUGUAUCAUAGUUCUUUAAAAAGAUGUACAUUUAUUCCUAUACAGUCUUUUCAUAACCCUUAACUGUACGACUAAUAACUCGCAAGUUUUUAUUUUAUUUUUAUGGCUAGUUUAAAAUGUUCUGUACAUUUUUUUCCACACAUACCAUAAUGAUAAAAGUCUUUGCACAAUGUUAUAUAAAAUCUAUAACUUUUUUUAUUUUUCAAGAAGCUUUUAUAAAAGCCUCAAUUUCAAAGAAACACGUUUUUAUUCAUCUUGUGGUGGGAUAAUGUAAAGUGUAUAAUUACGUUUAUUAAUACAAACAGUAUUUGCAGUCUAAGCAAGCAUUUCAUGUUGUAAAUCUUUGUAACAGUUCAGUUUGGUAGAAUAAAAGCUAUCCAAAUAAGUCUGAACAACAACAAAA